AGCGGAAAACAGCAACGAGACGUGGCUUAAUGACGUUUCUCAACAAGGAAGUUAAAUUCCUUAAAAACUGAUGUUUAUCAGGCGGGCAGUGUUAGAUGUUGUUUUGUGUUUAAAUGAAGCUACAAAUAUGUGUCGUCUUAUAAGUCUCCAGAUAUAUAGUUGCGUAUUUGGGACGAGGCUAGUUGCUGGGUAAUAGGUAGCUGACAGCUAAUGUAAUGUUUAUGGGUUAUUAACGAAUUAACCUAAAUUAUGUUACCUCUUUAUUUUCACAGGGAGGUUUAAUGUUACAGCUUCAUUUUAGGAUGGGCGUCAUUGGUUGUAUGUUUAUUAAUUGUCUUAAGUUACUUAAAAACUGACAAGUUUAUUCAAAGUCUAUAUUAGCCUUUCCUGGGAGGAUUCAUAAUUUGCUUUCCAGUGGUGCACAGUAACUAAUAACUUGGUUAGAUACAUUUAAGCACUAUUACUGUACUUAAGUACUAAUUUUAGGUGUUUGUACUUUCUUGUGUAUUUCUGUUACAUGCCACUUAAAAGUACUUAUUUAUUCAUCUACACUACAGUAACGUUACAACAUUACUGCACUACGGUAAUAUUAAUGCUGCAAGUCAUAGCUUACCCUAUUUUAUUUGUAGCUACGACAGUUUGAACAGGUACUUUUAAGGCAACUGCUCUGUCUGUGGAAACUUGCAGUAUGCAAACAGUGUUAGUCUUUGCCCUAGUAGCAGCGACCAGCUUCUCACCUGUAUAUGUCCUGGAGUUUUGCCAAAGUACUGACCCUGGCUGCCAGAGUCAUGACAAAAAGUUAUCAGACGCUGUCAAAUCCAGGUGGAACACGAGUGCUUCAUACCUCAUACAGGACCUGGACCAAUUCAGUGUGUCCUGCAAGAAGCUCAUAGAAGCAUUCCCAAUCGAUGAGGUUGAUGGCAACUUUGUUCGCACUGUGAAGAACUGCAUAUUCUCCAAAUCCACUCCAACCCCACUGAAAGGCCCGUUGAGACUGGCAGCAGUUUCCAAGGAUGUCAUUGAGGGGAUCUUAGAUGUAGACACGGCUGUAACACAGUCUGAGGAGUUCCUGCAUUAUGCGAGUGGUGGCAGACUGCUUCCAGGAUCUGUACCACUUGCACACAGAUAUGGGGGUCAUCAGUUUGGCUUCUGGGCAGGUCAGCUGGGUGAUGGUCGAGCACAUUCCCUUGGUCAGUAUACCAACAGGAAAGGAGAAGUAUGGGAACUGCAGCUUAAAGGCUCGGGAAAAACACCUUAUUCAAGGUCGGGAGAUGGUCGAGCUGUGAUCCGUUCUUCUGUAAGGGAGUUCCUGUGUAGUGAAGCCAUGCAUUACCUGGGUGUUCCAACCAGCAGGGCUGCCAGUCUGAUUAUAAGUGACGAGCCGGUGCUGAGGGAUCAAUUCUACAAUGGCAACGUGAAGACAGAGAGAGGAGCUGUUGUUCUGAGGUUAGCCAAAUCUUGGUUUCGGAUUGGAUCUCUAGAAAUUUUGGCUCAAAGUGGAGAGAUAGAUCUGCUGAGAAAGCUGUUGAACUUUGUGAUUGAAGAACAUUUUUCGUCAAUCAGUUCCGAUGACCCAGAAAAAUAUUUGGUAUUUUAUUCCACAGUUGUAAAUGAAACGGCACAUCUGAUUGCCCAGUGGAUGUCUUUUGGGUUUGCACAUGGUGUGUGCAACACAGAUAACUUCAGUCUCCUGUCUAUCACCAUCGACUUCGGACCAUUUGGCUUCAUGGAGUCGUAUAACCCAAAUUUUGUCCCCAACACAUCUGAUGAUGAGGGCAGAUACAGCAUCGGAGCUCAGGCCAACGUCGGACUGUUCAAUCUGGAGAAGCUCUUGAUGGCACUCAGUCCUGUGCUUUCUAACCAACAGCAGAAAGACGCUAAAAUUAUUUUAAAAGGAUAUGCUGAUAUUUACCAGAUGAGGAUUCACCAGCUAUUUAAAGCUAAACUGGGGCUCCUAGGUGAAGAGGAGUAUGAUGGAUACCUCAUUGCUUUCCUGCUUAGGUUGAUGGAGGACACACAGUCAGACUUCACUAUGACCUUCAGGCAGCUCAGUGAAGUUUCAACCCGGCAGCUUCACAACAGGAAUUUCACACAGAUGUGGGCUCUUGAAGAUUUGUCGUCCCACAAGCUCUUCUCUGAUUGGCUCAUCAUGUACCUGCUCCGGCUCAACAGACAACAAAAUGAUAGCGAUUUGGAUCGCCAACACAGAAUGAAAAAUGUUAAUCCUAGAUAUGUGCUAAGGAACUGGAUGGCAGAGUCUGCUAUAAGGAAAGCUGAGAUGAAUGAUUUUUCUGAGGUGGAGCUGCUGUACCGUAUCCUGUCCUUUCCCUUUGUUACACAAGAGACUGCAGAGGAGGCGAGCUAUGCAGCAAGACCCCCACUGUGGGCUCAGAGGUUAAAGGUCAGCUGUUCUUCUUGAGUGACUCAUGGAUAAUAAAAUAAUAAAAUGAAGAAGAAGAAGAACAACAACAUGAGUUUUUAUCAUUUUGGUCUAAAAUUUAUUGGUCAUGUUUGAUGUUCUUCUCUACUAAGAUUACCCACUGUGUGCGGAUACAGUGACCAACAAAAAGAUGUACAGUUUACAGAAGAAUUAAAUUCUAAUUGUAUUCUGCUCAUAAUGUUCUGUUUUUACUGCUGGACAGCUAAAUACUUAAGCAUUAUGUCAUUUCAUAUUGACAGCAAAAUAAAUACGAAGAUGCUACUGUG